UUUUUUUGCAUAUUACUUUUGCACAUAGAUCGCGAUCUACGCAAAACAUCAAAAGUGCCACACAAUAACACAUAGUGAGUGAGAAUAAGUGAAACACAUAUAUAAUGUCAACCUGUAGCAGUUCAGAUGUGCCGUUGGCUAAAAAGCGGAGACUGGGGACAGACGGCGACGAUGCCGGCGUUGGAGCAGCUUCAGCUUCAUGCAGCGGCGGCGGUGGAGACGUCAAAGUUGGCAGCAGCAGCAGCAGCAGUGGCGGUAGCAAGAACAACAACAGCAGCAGCAACAACAAUUGCGAAAAUCAUGGGAAAGCAGUAGGCGAAGUUGACAUAUAUGAGAAAGAGACGGCAAUAGCUAGCAGUAAGCAACAGCAGCUGGAGUUGUGUGUAUCGUCGUCUACUUCCGACACGUGUGCGAAUACGACUACGAAGAGGACAGCGAGAGAGGCAACGUCUAAAGCAGCAAGCGAGAGCAACGUUAGUACAUCGUCAGCAGUGAAUAAGGAAAGUGGUGUAAAUCGAACGGAGCAAAAAAAUCAGAGCCUCCAUAGGGAACACGAAGAAGAAGCAGCCGCCGCCGCCUUCUCAGCCACCACAAACGUUAGCUCCAGUACCACUACCAAUACUACCACCUCCAAUAAUAACAACAACUCGAGCAGCAACAACAACACAAAUCGACAUCCAGCAGGAGGAAGUAUGGCAGCUAAUACGAGUGCCGCCGCCGCUCCCGGUGGAGACAUCGAUGAGUCUCUCUAUUCCCGCCAACUUUAUGUGCUCGGCCAUGAUGCCAUGCGUCGUAUGGCCAAUUCGGAUAUUUUGCUAUCCGGUCUAGGCGGCUUAGGAUUGGAAAUAGCCAAGAAUGUGAUUUUGGGCGGUGUGAAAUCCAUAACACUGCAUGACACAGCAACUUGUGUGCUCAAUGACCUAUCUUCGCAAUUCUAUCUAACCCAAGCGGAUAUUGGCAAGAAUCGUGCAGAGGCAUCGUGUGCCUCUCUGGCCGAACUGAAUAGCUAUGUGAGGACCCUAUCGCACACUGGACCCCUCUCGGAGGACUUCCUGAGGAAAUUCCGUGUCAUAGUACUGACCAAUUCGGAUGCAGAGGAACAGCAAAGGAUUGGCAAAUUCGCCCAUGAGAAUGGCAUUGCUUUGAUUAUUGCCGAGACGCGUGGAUUGUUUGCCAAAAUCUUUUGUGAUUUUGGUGAGAAUUUCACUAUCUAUGAUCAGGAUGGAGCACAACCGGUGUCCACCAUGAUUGCCAGUGUUACGAACGAUGCUCAGGGUGUGGUCACAUGUCUGGAUGAGACACGACAUGGCUUCAAUGAUGGGGACUAUGUCACAUUUUCGGAAGUGCAGGGUAUGAAGGAGCUAAAUGGCUGUCAACCCAUUAAGAUCAAUGUUCUUGGUCCCUACACCUUUAGCAUUGGGGACACUAGUGCAUUUGGUGUCUACAAGUCUGGCGGAGUGGCCACUCAAGUCAAAAUGCCCAAGACGGUGAGCUUUAAGAGUCUGGAGCAGGCUUCAGCGGAACCAGAGUUUCUCAUCUCGGACUUUGGCAAAUUGGAUGCCCCUGCCACGUUGCAUGUGGCAUUCAGUGCUCUGUCCACUUAUCAAAAGUCUCACAAUGGAGAUUUGCCCAAACCAUGGAAUCAGGAUGAUGCUGAUAAAUUUUUGGCACUCUGCAAAGAUAUUAAAUCCGAUGUAGAUGAGCAGUUGAUAGUGCAAUUUUCAAAAAUCUGUGCUGGUAACACUUGCCCAGUGGAUGCGGCAAUUGGUGGCAUUGUGGCCCAGGAGGUACUCAAGGCAUGCAGUGGAAAAUUCACACCAAUCUUUCAAUGGUUCUACUACGAUGCAAUCGAAUGCCUGCCUAAGGAUGGUGUCACCGAGGCAGAUGCUCAGCCCUUGGGCAGCCGUUAUGAUGCCCAGAUUGCGAUAUUCGGACGUAAAUUCCAACAACAGCUGUCCAAUGCGAAAUGGUUUAUUGUCGGCGCCGGAGCCAUUGGAUGUGAGUUGCUAAAGAACUUUGGUAUGCUUGGUCUUGGUGUCGGCGAUGGUCAAAUCUUUGUCACCGAUAUGGAUCUCAUUGAGAAAUCAAAUUUAAAUCGUCAGUUCCUUUUCCGGCCGCACGAUGUUCAGAAAUCGAAAGCUCUGACCGCUGCUGAUGCCAUCAAGCGUAUGAAUCCCGAUGUAAAGGUUACCUCCUAUGAGUUGCGUGUCGGCUCCGAGACAGAGAAGGUCUUCUCAGAGGAUUUCUUUGGCAAAUUAGAUGGUGUGGCCAAUGCAUUGGAUAAUGUAGAUGCUCGUAUCUAUAUGGAUCGCAAAUGCAUCUUCAAUCGCAUCCCUCUGGUGGAGACUGGAACCCUCGGAACCAUGGGCAAUGUCCAGGUGAUUGUGCCAUUUGCCACCGAGUCGUAUAGUUCAUCGCAGGAUCCGCCCGAGAAGAGUAUACCCAUCUGUACGCUCAAGAAUUUCCCCAAUGCCAUUGAGCAUACAUUGCAAUGGGCACGUGACUCUUUUGAGGGUGUCUUCAAACAGGCCGCUGAGAAUGCAAGUCAAUAUAUAGCCGAUCCUCAGUUCAUUGAACGAAUUAUCAAAUUGCCGGGCAUUCAACCCCUCGAGAUUCUUGAGUCCAUCAAGAAAGCUUUGCUCGAUGAUAAACCCAACACCUUUGCCGAUUGUGUGGAAUGGGCACGUCUCUACUGGGAGGAUCAGUAUGCCAAUCAGAUCAAACAGUUGCUAUUCAAUUUCCCACCCGAGCAAGUAACAUCGAGUGGUCAACCCUUCUGGUCCGGUCCAAAACGUUGUCCCGAUCCCCUGGUCUUUGAUGUCAAUGAUCCCAUGCAUUUGGACUACAUUUAUGCUGGUGCCAAUUUGAGGGCUGAGGUCUAUGGCUUGAAACAAAUUCGUGAUCGCAAGGUCAUUGCCGAAAUGGUGCAGAAGGUUAAGGUACCCGAAUUUAAGCCCCGUUCCGGUGUCAAAAUUGAGACUAAUGAGGCUGCUGCUGCCGCAUCGGCCAAUCAUUUCGAUGAUGGUGAGGUCGAUCAGGAUCGUGUGGAUAAGAUAAUUAAUGAGCUGGUUAAGAAUGCGGACAAGAAAUCGAAAAUCACACCAUUGGAAUUCGAGAAGGAUGAUGAUAGCAAUUUCCAUAUGGAUUUCAUUGUGGCCUGCUCGAAUUUAAGAGCAACAAACUACAAGAUACCCACAGCAGAUCGUCACAAGUCGAAAUUGAUUGCUGGUAAAAUUAUUCCAGCCAUUGCAACGACCACAUCGAUGAUGUCGGGAUUGGCUGUGCUGGAGGUUAUCAAGCUAAUUGGUGGUCACAGGGAUUUGGCUCAAUUCAAGAAUGGUUUUGCCAAUCUUGCCCUGCCAUUGGUAGCCUUCUCGGAACCGUUGCCAGCUGCUAAGAAUACCUAUUAUGACAAGGAAUGGACAUUGUGGGAUCGAUUCGAAGUUAGCGGUGAAUUGACAUUGCAGGAGUUUCUCAAUUAUUUCGACGAUAAAGAGAAACUGAAAAUAACCAUGUUGUCGCAGGGCGUCUCCAUGUUAUAUUCAUUCUUUAUGCCCAAAGCCAAGUGCUCGGAACGUUUGCCCUUGGCCAUGUCAGAGGUGGUGCGUCGGGUGUCCAAGCGUCGCAUUGAGCCACAUGAACGUUCGCUGGUCUUUGAGAUCUGUUGCAACAAUACGGAUGGUGAAGAUGUUGAGGUGCCCUAUGUCCGUUAUACGUUGCCCUAAGAAUCCGGAGACACCUAAAAUCCCUGUACCCUCCUUUUCCCCCCUCCCAUUGUCCUCAUCAUUCUCCUAUUCGUAAUAUAUAUAACAGUUAAAUUAUUUUUAUACAAACCACCAUCUCCACAACCACCAACACCACCACCACGACAGCGCUCCAUUCGCUUUGGUAUUCUCCUACUUGGUCUGCUCUACCCAAUCUUUUAUUCUUUAUCUCUCUCUCUCUCUCUCUCUCUUUAUACAUUCAUUCUACCCGUCUUUAAAACAAAACAAAGUAAAGUUUAUAAAUUAAAUGUGUAGCUGGAUGUGUUUUGCAUUUUUGAUUUAUUUUUUUUUUUUUAAAUGGAGAGAGCUGAAACUAUUAUGAUUCAAGAUAUAUAUAUAUCAUAUAUUUGUAUGUGUGCGUGUGUGGGAGUGUAAUCCUCUAAGGAACGGCAAAUUAAAUUCGCAAAAUACGAAAAAAAUUAUACAAAGACUCGACUUAAAGAAGAAUAAAAACUAAAACAAGAAAACAAAACAAAAAGAAAUUAAAUUAUACAUACAAAUAAAAGAAAUUAAAACUGCUCAGCAUAGCGAUUUUUGGAAACAGAAA